AUGACUUCAAAUAGUCCAUCAGAGCAAGCUCCGUCAGAAGCCACUUCAUCAAACCCACCUCACACAUUCGAUCGCAACACGUCCGAUCAGCAGGAAAUCACCGCAAUCCUUGCUAAAUUCAACAAAGACCCACUUGAAUUGAGCAUCAUAUCCCUGGGCAAAGAUGGCGUUCUGCGAAAUCUAUCUGCGGAUCGUGCCGUUCUCGAUGCUGUUGGACUGAGCCCACGGCUGGUGAAAGCGUUUUUGGACCGCGUUCCUCCAGACUACCGCGCGCUCACGCCAGAACUCGAGGAUGCUGAUGGAUCGAAGGCGACGGAUGAGGAAAUGUGGCACCCGGAUCCUGGGCUGCUGCCACGACCUAUGGGCGAGGAACAGAAGAAGAAGGCGUUGGCGAGUUUGGAAACCAAUUAG